AUUAAAAUGUGCAAUAAUUUAUUAUGAAGUAAGCAUUAUACUUAUAAGUUAUUAGGUAUAAUAAGUAUACUUAAAUUUAGUAAACACUGUAAGAAUAAAGUACCUAGGUCGUUUUAAGAAUUUUCGAACGGCCACGAACGCGGGCCGUCAGACAAAGACGCGCAUAAAGGUUUAAUCAGCUGGACUCUGGUUAAUGGAAACUUAAUCGCAGAUUUUCGCAGAAUCUGUCAACUGUCAAGAACCAAUCGCAUAUCAGAAGAUAUGCCUGCAAAAACCGCGGUGUGGUGUUUACGAUAUAAUCUUACAUGUUCAUUCCUGUGACUACGUCUUUUUUAUUUAAAGUUCGCAGUUAGCACUUGUUCGUAAUUGGUCCAGAACUCGAGACAAAGGUGGUUAUUUUUGCCCGUUCGUUACUUUUUUAAGUGUAUGUACUUUAACUGUCUUUAUCUCCAUUUCUUAUACUGAAAGUGAAAACAAAUUGUUUGUGGCCUACGUAAAACAUUUCUUGAAAUAGGACCUAUAGAAAAAUGACGUUUUCUGUCGUUGUAUUUAAAAAUGAAAAUGUUGUUGAGGCUGUUCCUAGUAAUUGGCUAUCAAAAGAUGGCAUUAAGUGUGCGUGGCCAAAAUCAAAUUUCAACCCACAAAAACGGAUUGAAAAAAUGAUGCAUCCAAAUACAUAUGAAUACAACUGGUAUAGUGUCCGGGUUUUGAAAACAGAUAUUAUAAGUUUAAAAGAAGCUAAAAUGAAAGCUACUAAAGCAACUUAUACAGAUGACUUGUCAUCAUCAAACGAAAGAAAAGAAACCAGGAAGGACAGAUUCAGAAAACAAUUUGAUGAUGAAAAUUGUUUAAAGAAUUCUAUUCAAAGGACUAAAAAAGACAAAAUAUUAGAGGCCGUCCCGCAGAAAGCACUAAGUCCUCCCAAGCUUAUAGAGGGAUCUGAUGUUACAGAUAUUGAUGAUUCGGAUGCGGACAUGACAUAUACUCCUCAACAACUUAACGGCAAAAGAAAAUCGCCAGUCAAAUUAUUUGAUGAACGGAUGAGAAAAGAGAAUAGUAGAAUAAAUUACACACCAAAUUUGUUAUGUGGAUCAAUCAAAUCACCUCAAAAAUUAUCUCUUAGUGAAAAUAAUGUGACAAUAAUGAACUCACCCACUGGCAUAUGGAAUAUAACUGAUGAUGAUGAUGGUAAUGACAACAUGACAAUACAUAAUAACAAAUUGUAUUUCAACAACAAACUCGAGAAAAUUCAAAAAGAACUUAAGGGUAAAAUUGUAAAAUAUUAUAUAUACUUAGGUACCUAAGGUAUUAAAUAUUGAUGUUGAUAGUUUGAAUAGAACUAUAUAUAAGUACCUAGGUACUUUAUCGACAUAAACGGAACGCCUGACGCUGUCUCAACAAUAAUAAAUAUUAAAUAAUAAUAAGGAUUAUGAGUCCACAUGGGUUUGAUGUUAUCAAUCAAAUAUUGGCGGUUUUAUUAUCACAGGUUUAAGGUUAAAUAAUUUGCAGAAUAAUAUCUCAACCGAUUUUUAUGACUUGAU